GGGCAGGUCUGCGUACGCCCCCGUGACCGUUGAACGCACGUUCUCCGUCAAUGAUGUGAUGUGAUGCAAAUGUCGAUCUUUCUGCGUAGCGUUGGCUGACGGCAGGAGCGUUGCGCGUCUUUGCGCAACUUCCAGGUGAGGGGCACCGCAGGGAUGCAGGUGAGGAUGGCGCAAGUGGCUACGUCAUAAGGACAGAGUGGUCAACCACAUAUCAGAACAUCAAGCUGGUCGAAGUAAACACAUUACACCUCGCUCUCAACACUUUGCACUUACGACUUCCUGACUUGAAACUUCAGACAUCCUCAUAUCACGAUCCAGCCCAAAGUACGAGCGUAUCGCACGAAGCAACCAUGUCCGACCAGAACAACCAACAAAAGGGCUUCUUCGGCACCGCUGCCAGCGGUCUUGGAAAUACCCUAGGCGCAGCAACAAACACCGUCGGCAAGGGCGUCCAAGGCGUCACUGACGCUACCGGCAAUGUCGUCGCGGCUGGUGGAAAGGGACUCGGUGAUGCUGUCACGGGGAUUACGCAGGGGGCUGGGGAUACUACCAAAGCGGCGGGCAACUUCGUUGGCGAUACCACCAAGGCGGGCGGCAGGAGCGUAGGUAUCGAGCAGAAGGAUAACCAGACUGGUGGACAGUAGGGGGAUGGGGAAGCCUCACGGUGAUGGCGGAGUUGACGGGCAUGAAGGAGAAGAAAGCCAACGAGUUUUGUUGCGGCCGGUAUCAUGCCGAUGAACAAUGAAAGUAUAUGAACACGAAAAGUAUAUCUAUGUAGAUUCGUGAUGCGCCAGUGCAUGCGGACUCUUUGGGCGUAACAUGAUCUUACAUCACUAGACUGAUCACCCACGCUAGCUCGAGUGCCGUGCGCGUUGAGGGGUAUAAAUACCGCCUUUCCUCUUUCC